UGAUGAAAUGAAACUAAACAGCAGAGCUGAAUGUUGAGGACCUGAAGACACUUUCUCCUUAUACAUUUUUCUGAACACUUGCCAGUCCCCUGAACUCAGUCUUACUUUGGGAUUCAAGAGGGAAAAAAAGAUCAUUCAACAACACACAUCAUCUCAGGCACGGCAUCAGCUAACAAUCCACAGUCUGAAAUGCAGUUAAUAUGCAGUAUCUGUGAGGAGGUGCUCAAGAAACCAGUCACAACCCCAUGUGGGCACAACUUCUGCAUGGAUUGUAUCAGAGAAUACUGGAAAAACAAUGUCCUGUGCCAGUGUCCACAGUGCAAGGAGAAAUUCCCUAACAUAUCUGAGCUACAAGUCAAUACUCAAUUAUCUAAAAUGGUUGAUGAGUUCUGGAAUCCAUUUGUGGUAAAUAACACAAGCCCCCAGGACCAAUGCCUGGACCAUCCUAGAGAGGUGUCCCAUGAUAUCUGUGUUGGGAGGGAGGUCAAGGCUGUGAAUUCUUCUUUUGAGGCCUCUUACUGUGAGACUCCCCUGGAGCCCAAUCAGAGAGUCACAACCUUGAGGAGACAACAGCAUGUAGAGAAUCCUGAAGAACAUAUGUGUGAGAGGCAUGGGAGAUGUCUGGAGUUCAAGACCGACUACAAUACCCACAACACUCUCCCUCUUGAAGUGGAAACCAGAAAGAAUAAUGUACAGUUAGGAAAGGCUGAAGUGCAGCAGAUGAUUCAGGGCAGACAGCAGAAGGUUAUUGAGAUCAGAAAUAGUCUACAAUCUAGCGGAAUAAAUGCAGAGCAAGAGGUAGAAAACAGUUGUCAGAUCUUUAGAGCUUUAAUGCGCUCCAUUGAAAGAAGCCAGGCUGAACUCAUUGAGGUGAUUUCGGAAAAGCAAAAGGAAACUAAAAGGCUGGCUGAAGGGCUCAUUAAAGAGCUGGAGCAGGAAAUCACUGACCUAAAACUCCUCCAGAGCUCACCAUCCCUGUGCACCUCUCCACCCACCAAGGACUGGUCUGAGAUCAGGGUUCAGAGUAUUGAGAAUGUCGGCAUGGUGAGGAAGGCUGUGAAGAGAGCUGGCUCUCAGUUUGAAGACGCACUGAAGAGUGAAUUGAAGAGGUUGUGUGAGGCUGAGCUCAAGGUUAUUCAGCAGUGGUCAGUGGAUGUAACUCUGGACCCUGAUACAGCUCAUCCCAAUCUCACUCUCUCUGAAGAUGGGAAACAACUUAGACAUCCCGGUAGACGACAAAACUACCCUGGCAAUCCAGAGAGGUUCUUCUAUAUUGCCAGCAUCCUGGGAAAGGAAGGCUACUCCUCAGGAAGAUUCUACUACGAGGUGCAGGUGAAGGGAAAUACUCUCUGGAGUGUAGGAGUGGCCAGAGAGUCCAUUAAAAGAACGAUUUAUGCAGCAAAGCCUGAGAAUGGAGUCUGGACUAUCCAGCAGGGGAAAGGGAACAUCUACAAGGCCUGCACCACUGAUCCUACCCCCCUCUCCCUGAGUGAGAAGCCCCAGACGGUGGGGGUCUAUGUGGACUAUGAAGAUGGUGAGGUCUCCUUUUACAAUGCCCAGGCCAAGUCUCAUAUCUACUCAUUUACCGAUUGUUCCUUCACUGAGAAACUUUACCCGUACUUCAACCUUGGUGUUUGUGGCAUUGACAAAAUGUCAGCACCGUUGAUCAUCUCUCAUGUGAGCCAAUCAGAUUGAGAUUUAACUCGUAUCGAUUAAAUUCUAAAGUAAACUGAACAUUCCAUGCAUUGAUUUAUAUUGAAUAUUUAGAGAGGUAUAUAUUGUAUCUUACCAGGAAAUCUAGAAUCACGUUUGCUGGACUGUAUUGUGAUGUCUUUUACGAUUGUAUGAUGACAUACUGAAAAUGCAGCUCAUUACAAAUCCUGCCCCAAUAUGUAUCUGUAUCUAAUUUAUGUGGAUACUUGUGGAUACUUUAUUUUUAUUUUUAUGUGGAUACUCUGAAAUGUGCAUACAUUUUUCAAUGGCUUUUGUUAUUUGGGCAGUUCCUCAAAUAAUCUUCUGGGCUACAGCACAAUAAAAGCUUUGUGAACUCCUACAUAAUAUGAACAGGAAGUGUGAAUGUAUUAGAUACAUGGCAACCAUAAUACAUGGUUCAGCUGAGAGAGUCCUGUCAUGUGAAGGGUUAAUUCAGCCAUGUACUGUACCUUUAAGAGCAGCUGCAUUUCAGCUUAGCAGUAAGGGACCAGGACAAGCCAUGGUAAUGUCACCUUCUAAAAUGAGACCCGACUAGAGAACUUUGUGCUUUAGCAUGACAAAAUCCCCUCACAAAUCUCUCUACACAGCCUAAUAGAGUACAAAAUAAAUCGUCUUUGACUUGCUGUUCUUCUGAAGACAGAGACCCAGACAUGGCUUCCGCCAGCAGCCUGCUGUCCGAGGAUCAGUUCCUGUGCCCCAUCUGUCUAGACGUGUUCACCAGCCCAAUCACCACCCCGUGUGGACACAACUUCUGCAAGGACUGCAUACAUGGCUACUGGCAUAUCACCAGCCCGUGCCAGUGUCCCAUGUGUAAGCAGAAAUUCAGCAGAAGACCUGAGCUCAAAGUCAAUACUUUCAUAGCUGAGAUGGCCGAUCAGUUCAGAAGGUCAGUUGAAAUUAGGGCUACUGCUACUAGUACACAGUACCAACCCCAAGCAGCCCAACCUGGAGAAGUGCCCUGUGACGUCUGCACUGGGAGGAAAAUCAAGGCCUUGAAGUCCUGCCUGGAGUGUCUGGCCUCUUACUGUGAGACUCACCUAGAUCCUCACCAUAUACUGGCCACCUUCAAGAAACACAAUCUGAUUGAGCCUGUGAUUAACAUAGAGCACAGAGUGUGUAAGCGGCACCAGAAAAUUCUGGAGCUGUUCUGUAGAAGUGACCAGACAUACAUGUGUCAGGUUUGCACUGAGAAAAGACAUAAGAAACACAAUGUUGUCCCUUUGGAGGAAGAAAGCAGAGAGAGGAGGGCUCAGCUGGGGAAUAUGGAAGAUGUAAUGCAGCAGAUGAUUCAGGGUCGACUGCAGAAAGUGAAGGAGAUCAAACACACAGUACAAUCAGGCAAAAUAAAUGCAGAGAGAGAGAUUAGGGAGAGCUUGCAGGUCUUCACUGCUCUGGUGCGCUCCAUUCAGAGAAGCCAGGCUGAGCUCAUUGAGGUGAUUGAAGAGAAGCAGAAGGCAGCAGCGAGUCGGGCUGAAGGGCUCAUUAAAGAGCUGGAGCAGGAAAUCACAGAGCUAAAGAGGAGAAGCACUGGGGUGAAGCAGCUCUCACUCACUGAGGACCACCUCCACCUCAUCCAUAGCUUCCCAUUCCUGUGCACCCCUCCACCCGCCAAGGACUGGUCCGACAUCAGAGUUCAAAGUGUUGUGUACGUAGGAACAGUGAGGAGAGCUGUGAGGAGAGCUGGAUCCCAGUUUGAGGAGACACUGAAGAAUGAAGUGAAAAGAUUAUGUGAAACAGAACUUACAAGAACUCAGCAGUGUGCCGUGGAUGUGACCCUUGACCCUGAUACAGCUCACCCUAAACUUAUCCUCUCUAACAACGGUAAACAAGUGGCCCACGGCAAUACAGCGCUGAACCUCCCUGACAACCCCGAGAGGUUUUACCCUGGUAUCAGUGUCCUGGGGAGGGAGGGCUUCUCCUCAGGGAGGUUCUACUACGAGGUGCAGGUGAAGGGGAAGACAGAGUGGGACAUAGGAGUGGGGAGAGAAUCUGUCAACAAGAAAGGAGGAAAUACCCUAAACCCUGAACAUGGCUACUGGACAGUAGGCCUGAGGAACAGGACUGAAUACUGGGCUCUGACGACCCCUCCUGUUCCCCUGCCACUGGUCGAUAAGCCCCAGAGGGUGGGGGUGUACGUGGACUGGGAAGGGGGGCAGGUGUCCUUUUACGAUGUGGAUUCCAGAUCUCAUAUCUACUCGUUCACCGGUUACAUCUUCGCAGAGAGACUCUAUGCAUACUUCAACCCCCGAAAGAAUAACGGUGGGGUCAACUCAGCGCCGUUGGUGAUCUCUCCUGUCAGUGACGUUACCUCCUCACCUUAACCGGUCACCUAUCACCUCUUCUUAGAAUAGGACACUGAGUGUUGUGUCACUUUUAUUUGUUAAAGAAGCUUGUGCCACAAUAUAUUUUCUCUAUCUCUUGUAUUGUGUGGUUGAUUUAAUAAAGAUAUAAUUCAUAUUAAUAAAGGUUCAUAA